CUUUAGGCCUGAACUAGUUCCAGUUUAACACUACUACCUUUCACUUGACUUCUUUUAAAUAUAAUUCUUUUUAUUAUGUUGAGUUUCAAGUAUUUGCUUCUUGUCACUGGAGUGGUAGGCUGCAUAGUUUUGUCAAGUUUGGGAGUGGCUGCGAAUGAUGUCAUGCAAUGCUACAGGAGCUGUGCCAAUUCAGGAACAAUUUCGGACAUAUACUCUUGCACGCAACGAUGCAUGACAGGUUCGGCUGUGGAUAAGACCGACGGGCAAUCAGGAACAAAUAAGAACACAGAUGGUGGCAGAAAUGAAAAUAGGCGGACUGAUUCGGCUCAGAUUGACAGGCGAUGCUACAUGUGUACAGACUGUAACGAAACAACACAGGAAAAUAUUUACACAGCACCCUGUCCAGGAAGUUGCUACAAGUUUUCUGGGGAAAAUGAGAAUAGGCACAAAAUUAUUCACCGUGGCUGUUUGUCACUCGGUGCCGAAAGUGCACGCUUCCACAAGAAUACGGAAGUUACAGUGAAGAUUGAAAAAUACAAGGGGGAUUUCAUCAUCUGCAAUGGACACAAGUGUAACGCAGCGACAUCUAUGUUUGCCACUGUUUGGAUAACCGCGAUUGUCUUUGCGUGUCUAGCCUGUCUUGAUGUUUUGUUUGGUUAGAUUCUAUAAGUUAUUUGGUUGCUUUUGGUUCUUAGAGUUGAUGUUCCAGUUUGCUUCAAAUUUGAAGCCAGGAGAGCCCUCAAAAGAACUUGUGGAAGCGAAAUGUUUAACUUUAGGUCACAACGUCUUUAUGCAAUUUUCACACUUUUUCACAAUCUUCUACAUUGUUUUGGGUUUAUAAUGUAAUAAACGCUCUAAACGAC